CUGCUGCGAUACGCGAGUCGCCAAAACGCAAACAUCUAUUGGAAACAAUGUUCAGCAGUUGCGACGAGAUGGCGGUCAAUAUCCUUGGCUUGUGCCCAACCAGGUGGUGUGUGCGGGCAAAAGCAAUCCAUCGCAUAUGCGCCUCCUACAGCACUCUGCUGGCUACAUUGACGGAGCUGAAAGAAGACAAAUCAACACGCGGUGACAGCAGAGCGAAGCUCAGUGGUUUGUGGAAGCAAGCACGUAAAGCCAAAACGUAUUUUGGCCUGAUGUGCUGCAACGCACUCUUUGAACCCUGCGAGGCCGUGGCGAGGAAGCUGCAGGGCUCAAAAACCAGCGCGCUUGGCACACUGGAGUGCGUAAACGUCCUGAAGGAUAGCAUUGCAGCUCUUCGGAACGACGACACAGCUGUUUCACAGAUUCUCCAAACAACUGAAGAGCAAGCUCGCAAACUGGUGUUAACCAUGCCAGAAAACAGAGUAAGCAGAACCCCAGCACGUUUCAGGCACACAGCAGAGCCAGAAAUACCAGCACACAGUACGCCAUCGGUUUGUUGGAAACGUGAGUUUUACGAGGCUGUCGAUUUGGUGUCGGGGGAGCUGAAGAGGCGCUUCAACGAAGACACUUUGAGACUUGCGGUGGAGAGAGAAAGGGCUGUUACUGUUGCGGCUCAGGGAGGAGGAGUUCAGUUGGAGGGCCUUCAGCUACCCAAAAGUGUGGACAGUGCGCGGCUGGACCUACAGAUGAAGAUGCUGAGCAGUGUGACAGCACUGCAUCCGUGCAACUCUGUCAGAGAUGUAGCUGAACGUCUGCGCAAUCUCCAUCCGCAGACACGAUCGUUGUUCACAGAGGUGGAGAAGCUCGUGCAAUUGUGCUUAUGUCUGCCCAUAUCAGUGGCCUCCUCUGAGCGCUCGUUCUCAACUCUGCGGAGGCUGAAGACCUGGUUACGAUCCACCAUGACGCAACAGAGACUGACGCAUCUGGCACUGAUGAAUGUGCAUAAAGACAUACUACACAACAUUGACAUCCAAGCCCUUAUGAGGGACUUCAUAUCUGUAACAGCAGAGCGUCAGUCCGUUUUUGGAGUGCUGUAGGUCUGCAUCCCCAUCUCACUCCAUCUCCUGAGACCCUCGAUGGCGGUGUGACCGACGAUUCCAGCACAGCAUUGAUGUUCAUACUUCAUA